CACAACCCCCAAUGCGGCCCGUCAGCAUGGGUGGCACGCAGUCCCGGAGAAAGCCUUCAUGCCUCAAUGUUGGCUCAUUGUUCAAACCAGGGGCAAAACACAUUGUCCUCAUGUUGGGCAGCCGUGCUCCAACAUUCCAUGCGGUCGAAGCCUAGCAGGUAUCCGGCCGGAAAGUCCUACGUAGCCUGCUCCCUUGCUGGGGUCCAAGGGCGACACUCACUAAGCAGCAGUCAGCGCUAUUACGAACCAAGAGACAUGAUUUGCCGACCGCCACAACCACCGCGCUGGACGAGGGUUAGGCUGGCGGCGCUUUUUCGUAGGAUUCGAUAAAUGCGCACUAAUCCCACCUCCCCCAUGUCAUCGUUGGGGCAAAUCGACGCAUGUUAUCGUCCUCCAUCCCACCUCGCCGCGUCUUCUGCUUGAUGAUGGGGAAAGAGAGCCUCGCGUGCGACUCGAUGCCCUAUCGCUUCACACGAUGCGCAUGAGCGCUGCGCAAACCGCUGCCUACGUUUGCAUCUACCUUCUCGCCGGCCUGUUCGCUGGCCUGGUAGUUCUGCAGUUCCGCGAAGCCGGCACGCCUUCGUUUGCGUUCGCAUGGCAUCGUCGCGCGCAACCGGCGUCGACGCCGUCGGACGCGUCUUCGACCAGUCCUGCCGGCAGCAACGGCGUCGACAACACAACACCGCCCUGGACGUUCGAAUACACGCGCGAUGGCAACAACCAUGGCCUCAGUGAGGAGCAAUGCACGGCUGCGUUCCCGCUCCUAACCAUGGAGAUCGACAGAGCGGUGGAGUACAGGCACAAUGUAGCGGGCAACAUCACGCUCGACGAUCUCGAGAUCAAGUGGCGCGGCCACGGCAUCCUGCGCAUCCUGAUCCACGAAAACCAGCUCUACAUCGUCGACACGCUCAACGUCGGACGGGGCCAUCGAACGCGCUACCUGGCGACGCUCAACAGCAUCAACGCUGCUUUGCGAAGCUAUCCAGGCACCCUACCCACGGUCGAGUUUACCUUUACUGUCCAGGACAACUCGCUCAUCGGGGAAGGGAACUCGAACCGCACCGUGUUGGCCUAUGCGCGGCGGGCGGAGGAACCGAGCGUCUGGCUGAUGCCUGAUUUCGUGUUCUGGGGCUGGCCGCAGUUCGGCAUGCCCUCCUACGCCGCCGACUUUCGCGCGGUGCUCGACGACAGCGAAAUGGCCUUCCUCGACAAGAAGCCUCAGCUCGUCUGGCGAGGCUCCAUCGACAACAACCCGGCGCGUAAGAAGCUUGCCGAGCUGUCCAAAGACCAGCCGUGGAGCAAUGUACGCGGCAUCGACUGGCUGAACAAGGAGGAUCCGACGAAGAACGUCAUCUCCAUGGAAGAGCACUGCGAUUACAUGUUCACUGCAAUGACGGAAGGAAUGACCUGGGGUGGCCGGCUCAAGCUACUCCUAAACUGCCACAGCGUCAUGAUCUCGCACGAAAUGGCUUGGCUGGAAUGGUACCACCAUCUGCUCGCGCCCAGCGGCGAGGCGCAAAACUACAUCCUGCUCGAGCACUUCGACGGCCUGCGCAAGACAAUGCGGCGCCUGCUCGAGCCCGCGCACCGCCACGAAGCGCAGCGCAUCGCAGACAAUGCGCGCCGCGUCUUCCGCGAACAGUACCUGACGCCCGCUGCGGUGUCGUGCUACUGGCGCGCCCUGUUCCGCGGCUGGGCAUCGGUGCAAGGCUUCCAGCCUAGCCCCUGGAUGGAGCCCGAGGUGGAUCCGAGCCGGACGGGCAAGUUGCGAAGACGCCCGCGGGGCACGUCAUUCGAGGCGUAUGCCAUUAUGGAAAGUACAGAGUGGGAGGUGCCGGCGCAGCCGCGCAUGCUCGUGAACGAUCCUGAGACGUACUGGUAGCUCCAACACUGCAUUGCACAGUACACUUCCCGUCCUACAGCGGAGGCAUAGGCGCGGAGACGACACCGGUCCAUCGAUCCGGAGCGUUGGAAACCUUCAGGGUAGCCCAGCAGUCGGCCGAGCGUGCAAAGAUGGGGCAAAGGAGAGCAGCACUGCGGCCGAAAGCGGGCUAGCGGCGCCGGGUCGAGUAAUGACGUGCUCGCGCUUCCCCAUCUUUUCGCGGAGCUCAGUAAGCUUUAGUGGCCGGCGGGGUCUCAUCACUGCCGUGGCCGUGGUCGAGUCUCCCCCAUAAGACCAGCAGUCGGAGGGGCAACAGAAGGAGGGGCUGCUGCCGCGGCGCUCCACUUGGCAGAAGGCAGAUCACCGUGGAGGUGGAGGAGGAGGAAAUUUCGCCAUUGAAGCUAGUUUCAUGCCGCC